GGAAAAGAAAUGGAACAAGUUCAGUAACUAUCCAGUCUAAAGUCUUACUGAUAUCUUGAGGAAUCUUACAAAUAUUUAUUUUGAAUUGAGAAAAUGACUGCAGAUAUAGAAGAAAGUACAGGUUGUUGGAAAAGAAUACCUGUCAAAAAGUGGAUCAUCCAAUAGUUAAUUUGGAAGUAGUAUAAAAUAAAUAUACCUGUUAUGGUGCGAUUCUGGAGCGGAGUUAACUCUCUAGCACACAGGUAGCUCUCCAAGGAGGGGGGGGAAAAAAAAGAGAGCUUUCUGUUUUUCUAAAUUAUGGAAAUUUUUUGGAAGACGUGGACAUGGAUUUUGAGCCUAGUCAUGGUUUCAUCGGAAUUUCACAGUGACAACAGGCUUUCAUAUAGUUCUCAAGAGGAAUUCCUGUCUUACCUUGAACACUACCAACUAACAAUCCCAAUAAGGGUUGAUCAAAAUGGAGCCUUCCUCAGCUUUACUGUGAAAAAUGCUAAACCCUCAAGAAGGAGGAGGAGCACAGACCCUUAUGACCAAGAACUGGCAGCAUCUAAAUUAUUUUUUAAACUUUCUGCCUAUGGCAAGCACUUUCAUUUAAACCUGACUCUCAACACAGAUUUGGUGUCCAGACAUUUUACAGUAGAAUACUGGGGGAAGGAUGGACCGCAGUGGAAGCACGAUUUUUUAGACCACUGUCAUUACACGGGAUAUUUGCAAGACCAACACAGUACAACUAAAGUGGCUGUAAGCAACUGCAAUGGUCUGCAUGGAGUCAUUGCUACAGAAGAUGAAGAGUAUUUUAUUGAGCCUUUGAGGAAUGUAACAGAAGAUCCUAGUAACUUUAAUUAUGAGAAUGGUCAUCCUCAUGUUAUAUACAAAAAAUCUACCAUGCACCAGCAACAUCUUUAUGAUCACAGUCACUGUGGAGUCUCAGACCUCACAAGAAGUGGUAAACCUUGGUGGAUGAGUGAUGGAUCUGCUUUUCCAGCUUCACUUCCAGUCAAUGAUACGUUAAGUAGUCAUAGUCGACAGAAGAGAUCAGUAAGCCUUGAACGGUUUGUGGAAACGCUGGUAGUAGCAGACAAAAUGAUGGUGGGAUACCAUGGUCGCAAAGACAUUGAACACUACAUUUUGAGUGUAAUGAAUAUUGUUGCCAAACUUUAUCGUGAUUCCAGUCUAGGAAACGUUGUGAAUAUUAUAGUGACACGAUUAAUUGUCCUCACUGAAGAUCAGCCAAACUUGGAGAUAAACCACCAUGCAGACAAGUCCCUCGAUAGCUUCUGUAAGUGGCAGAAAUCCAUUCUCUCCCACCAAAGUGAUGGAAACACCAUUCCAGAAAAUGGGAUUGCCCACCAUGAUAAUGCGGUUCUUAUUACUAG